AAUUUAGAACGAAACGCCCCUCCCUCCCUUCUUCCCUCUUCUAGCUGAGGGGCCGCUCGCUAAACGCUCGCCGAGCUCCAUGCUGUGCAACACCACCUCCUCACUAAUCGUCAGGGGCGCGGAGAGCGCAGUGCACUGCGGUGAGGCUGCGCAGCGGGGGCUCGCCCCCUGCACCGCGCUCAGCGGCGCAGGGGAGGGCGGUCGGUGGCGGCGGCGGCGAGGCGCGAGGCGGUGGCGGCGGUGGUGCGGGCGGCGGGAUGACAGGGGAGGCGGCGGGAUUGACAGGGGAGGCGGCGGCCACGAGCGGAGCGGCGCGAGAAGGGGGGGGGGCGGCGGCGAGGCGCCGGUGAGCGAGGCGCCCGCGCCACAUAGAGUAUCAGAGGGACGCGCCGCUGCGAGAUGGAGGGCGGCGGUGACGGAGGCGAGGCGCGAGGCGGCGGCGGCGGCGGCGGCGGCGGCGCCGGCGAGAACGGCGGCACCGAGUCUCGGUGAGCGCCGGCGGGAGGAGGAGCAGCGGCGGCGCUCGCUCGCUGUUGACGGGAUUGCUUUUGAGCCUGGGAGCCCAUGCCACUG